AUGUUACUCCCGGCCAUCUCCCGCUUGCUAUUGCUCUGCAUCGCGAUCCUCACGCAGCAUGCCACCAGCACGCCCUCUCCUUACGAGCCCACUUUCCACGAGUCUGUCAACCGGCGGCAGGAUGGCACCAACCAAACAGCAGGCCGCUGGCUCGCCGCCUGGACGUCGAUGCCGCAGCUAACGGAGCCGGCGAACCUGCCACCCGCACCCUUCAACACCAGCAGCGGCCUCGUCUUCCAAAACACGACGAUCCGCCAGACGAUCCGGGUGACGGCCGUAUCGACGCGCAUCCGGCUGCGCCUGUCCAACGCCUUCGGCCUGACGCCGCUGCCCAUCACGGCCGUCACCAUCGGCAAGCCCGUCGCGCUGUCCACGCCCGCCUCGCCCAACAACACCGGCGCCGGCUCGCCGGCCGUCGACGUCGCGACGCUGCAGACGCUGACGUUCUCCGGUUCGCCCAACUUCACGGUGCCGAACGGGGCGCUGGUCGUGUCCGACGCCGUCGACGUGGACGUCGCGCCGGGCGACGACUUGAGCGUCAGCAUCUAUCUGGCCGAGGGCCAGACGGGCGGCGCCAUCACCUCGCACCCAGGCUCGCGCACGACGUCGUGGCUGGCGUCCGGCGACCAGACCUCGUCCGACGACCUGAGCGCAGCCGCAGAUGCCGCCAGCGUCGCGCACUGGUACUUCAUCAGCACUCUGGACGCCUGGGUGGCGUCUCCCCCUUCCACCUCAUCUCCCCCCGGCACCCUCGCCAUCGUCGGCGACAGCAUCACCGACGGCCGCGGCAGCACGACCGACGGCAACGACCGCUGGCCCGACGCGCUGCUCUCCCGCCUGCAACACUCAAACUCCUCCACCUCCACCUCCCCGCUCCUCUCCCGCAUCGCCAUCGCCAACCAAGCGGCCGGCGGCAACCGCGUGCUGGCCGACGGCCUGGGCCCGAACGCGCUGGGCCGCUUCGAUCGCGACGUGCUGGCGCAGCCGGGCGUGCGGUACGCGGUGGUCUUCGAGGGCGUCAACGACAUCGGCAGCGCGGCCGACGAGGCCGGCGCGCAGCGCGCCGUCGGCGACGCCCUGAUCGCCGCGUACCGCCAGUUCGGCCUGCGCGCGCACGCCGCGGGGCUGCCGCUGUUCGGCGCCACCAUCACGCCGUUCAGCGCGUUCAAUUUCGACGCUUCGCUGCAGCCGUACUCGGGGCGGGAGAGGGAGACGACGAGACAGCGCGUCAAUGCGUUUAUUCGGGAUAGUGGUGGCGUGUUCGAUGCGGUUGUGGAUUUCGAUGCUGCGGUUAGGGAUCCCGAGGAUGAGACGAGGUUGAGGACUGAAUACGAUUCGGGGGAUUAUUUGCAUCUGAAUCCGGCUGGGUAUCGCGCCAUGGCUGAGGCAUUUCCGGUGGAGGCUUUGGUGCAGUUUGCGGGAGGUGUGGAUGGGUAUGCGUGA